GCCGCCGUUCAUGAUCAUCAUGCCCGCACGUCCUCGCCAACGACGCCGCCUGCCCUCCACUGUUGAGCGCGUCCGCUCCUUUGCAGGUCAUGAUACUCCCCAGGCCGUCCCGUCUAUUCCUACUCAAUGCCGUCCUCUUGACCACCGCACUCCUCGUCUUCCUCCUCCAUCCUCGAUCGGGACACGUUUCGCGCGACCUCCUCAGGUCCUGGCUUACUUCCCCACCCCAGCAAGCACUUUGCCCCUCGCCUCACGUACUUGACCGGGAUCCUAUCGAACACGAGCGACAGCUGUGCCAUACACUUCCCACUAUCAUCGACGACUUCAAGGCCGAGCUCUGCUACGAACCCGAGCUCCCUAGUGCGUUCACCCUUCGUGUGUGGAGGGGGGACGCGGCUGCCUGCGAAGCAGCGGAGGCUUCCCCUGAUCCGAGUGAGGAGCCAAGUUUGAGCGACUGGAUCCGCCGCAAUCGUGGUCCGGACUCCUUCAUCCUCACCACGGACGGCGCAGAACGGAUCGACACGCAGUGGAGUACAUACGAGGGGAACUGCUCGUAUCGCUUCGAUGUUCAAUUGCACAAUGCGGGGGACGUAUACAUACGCUCGUGGCUCGCGUAUGAGCGCUACGAAGGCUUCAACGAGGCCAACGCGACGGGGUCACUUCCCUGGCCAGAACUGCAACUCCGCCCCCUCCUCGCGCACGCCGUCCUCUUACCCGCGCACUCCCUCUGCCGGAGUUACAUCCCCUCGCCUCUGAACGCAUCGCAUCACCUCGCGAUACCAGGGAGCCCCUACCCCGUCGACGACGACUCUGCGCUUCCAGCGUGCUCGGGCCAGGAUCCGACCCGAGGCACCUACGUCCCCCACCACCCCCUCGACCUCCUAGAUUCGCCCAUACAGUGGCCAGCCCCUGGGGGCCGUCGAAUUGGCGAGCGCUAUCGCUUCGUACCCGCGGGCUGCAAGUGGAAGCACGCCGGGAUGCGGUUCGCGAAUAUAGAGGCUUGCACGGCGAAACGACACCACAUCUUGUCUAUCGGCGAUAGCCACGGGCGCCAGUUGCAGGACGGCCUCAUCCAUCGUCUCAGCGGGCUUCCCAGCGUCGCGCUAGAGUCGGGCAAGGCGGACUUCAAGAACGGCAGCGUCGGCAAUAUCGAUUUCUUUUUCCGUUGGGCGCCAUUCGGACAUCUCUUUGCCAGCGCUGAUUUGCUGGAGAGCGACGUCUGCGCCUACAUGCGAAAACACCAGGUGGACGUACUCAUCGUCAGCGUCGGAUAUCACUUAGCUGUCGGCCACCCGACCGCCGUCCUUCUCGAGCGUACGCGCGUGAUCAUGGACGCCGUCGAUCGCUGCUUUCCACCGCGAUCCCCAUUGGAGGAGCGAACUCCUGAUGGGCACGGGAUACCGCAUGCCCACUCGCACCAGAAGCCAAGCGCCUACACUGGACCUCGCGUGCGCAUCAUGCUCACCCCCGCGGCACCGGGGCCCCUCACUACGGACCGCGUCCGACGAGAUAACCGGCACACCACGCACAACCGGCUGCGCUACUGGUCCGACGCGAUGGUGCCCCUCGCGCGGUGGCGCGGCUGGUCGGUGAUUGACCAGUUCGCGCUGACGGCGCCACUCGCGUGGGAGACGCUGGUGUCGGACGGGAUACAUUUUAUGAUGACGGAUGCGCAUGAGGCCUUGGUGGACGAGGCGCUCGGGAAGAUGGGGAUAUGUCCGGAGGCGAGUGCGUAUCGAUAGCCUUGCAAUCUGACGAUACUGGGGAGAUGCAAG